AUGUGUCUCACUUUGGCCACUUGGCCCAUCCGAGGUUAUCAGAGUGAACUGGCGCUCCUGCGACGGCACGAGUCCGAAAAGAUCUUUGGGGUCCAAAUCGCAGGUGGCGAUGUGGCCAUGAUGUCCAAAGCGGCACAAUUUAUUGAUGAGAAUGUUGACUGUGAUUUCGUGGACAUCAAUUGCGGAUGUCCGCUCGAUGAGGUGCAUCGGCGAGGUGCUGGCUCGAGGCUCAUGGCGAAGGCUGGCCAUUUGGAAGGCAUAGUGAGAUGCAUGUCAGGUGUUUUGAAGACAAAAGCCCUGACAUUGAAAAUGCGCACAGCUCACAUGGAGGAUAACAGGCUGAAGGAUUUCAAUGGCCGCUAUGCUCACAACUUGGUGCCCAAGCUGGAGGGCUGGGGUGUCAGCGCCUUGGUCUUGCACGGUCGAACUGCACGACAGCGCUAUACCAAACUGGCGGAUUGGGAUUACAUCAAGGAGUGCAGUGGCCGAAGAAAGUGCCCAACUCCUUUCAUAGGAUGUGGCGAUGCCAUGAACUGGGAAGAAGUCGAACAGCAUUGUGCGACUCAUGGUGUGGACUCUGUCAUGGUGGGACGGGGUGCCCUCAUCAAACCUUGGCUCUUUACAGAGAUCAAAGAAAAGAGGCACUGGGACAUUUCCGCCAGUGAGCGAUUGGAUCUCAUUCGAGACUUCACCCGCUAUGGCCUUGAGCAUUGGGGAGCGGAUCCUCGAGGAGUUGAGACGACUCGGCGCUUUCUGUUGGAAUGGCUCUCCUUCCACUGUCGUUAUGUUCCAGUGGGACUCCUCGAGGUACAGGAGGCCAAAAUCAACUGGCGUCCGCGACCUUAUGUUGGUCGAAGUGACUUGGAAACCAAACUUGCCUCGACCAAUUCCAAGGACUGGGUCGAGAUCACAGAGAUGAUGUUGGGCAAGGUUCCAGAUGGCUUUUCCUUCGUUCCAAAGCACAAGUCCAAUGCAUACCAAGCAGAGGGUGCAGCGAGUGCAGCCACACAGGCAAAACCUGACGAAGAUGGUGCAGCUGGCUGACCCUGAGCUGGACAACUGGAAGUGGAAAUGCCAUUUGAAGCACUAAGAAAACUGUAGUAGCCUUGUCACAAACGCCAUUAAAAGGUUUGAUUUGAUGGCACGAUUUCCUGAAAUUUUUGACCCUAGGAAUAGAUUAAUGAUGACUUUAGCACUCUGCAACCAGUGUUGAGCCAACAGCUUGCUCAAGAAACCGCUGGUUAGACCCUGCCUUGCGAGCAUUUUGUUGCUAGCAUCAAAAACUUCGUACAGGCUGCAUACGGCAAA